CCCUCACAGGCCCCGCCCCGGAGGCCCCGCCCCCUCGGGGGCCUCGCCCUGUCCGUUGCACGGCCGGCAGGAGGCGCCUCGAGCCGGGCGCCAGCUCGGCUAACGGCGGGCGUGGGAGCCGCGCGCGGGGGGACUCGGCUGACGGGCUGAGCUAAGGCUCCAGCCUUCCCCCACCCAUUGGCUGAAAGCCUCAGUGGUUAUCCAUGAAGACGCACCCACCAUGUUUUAUGGGACUCAAUUCAUCAUGUCUCCUCCCACCAAGAAUAAGCUGAAGCGACAGAGCCAGCUGCUGUCCACUAUGCUGUCCCGGACACUGAGCUACAAGUAUCGGGACCUGGACUCUACCUUCUGCAGCCUAGCUGCCAGUGAUGAUCCUGCAGAGCUCUCCACUCAGCUCUCAGCCCCUGGGGUCUUGAAGGUGUUUGGGGACAGUGUCUGUACAGGAACCCACUACAAGAGUGUCCUUGCCACUGGUACCUCCAGCGCCCAGGAGCUGGUGAAAGAGGCCCUGGAGAGAUAUACCCUGGACCCUGAGUGUGCCAGCCAAUAUGUGCUAUGUGACGUUGUGGGCCAGGCUGGGGAUUCUGGGCAGAGGUGGCAGGCCCAGUGCUUCCGAGUGUUUGGGGACAAUGAGAAGCCCCUCUUGAUCCAGGAGUUAUGGAAACCCCGAGAAGGCUUGUCCCGGAGGUUUGAGCUGAGGAAGAGGUCAGAUGUGGAAGAGCUGGCAGCCAGGGAUGUGGAUACCACCACAGCAGGGAUAAACGCCCAGGCCCGGAGGCUGCAGCGCGUCCGUGCCAAGGGAACCCCAGCCCUCACCUCUGAGGCUGCCCAGAGCUCCCCACCGACCCGGCUGCGCCGUACUGUCAGUGAGACCAGCCUAAGUCCAGUGUCCGCACUACCUGACGCUGCCCAGAGCCCCGAGGAGCCCACCCCUGAUAGCAUGCGCUACUCACUGUACCAGUGUCCACACCUCCUGCUGUUGCAGGGCUAUAGCCAGCAGCAUGACAGCCUGGUGUACGUGCUCAGCCGGGAACGGCACACGGUGGGCCAGCGCACACCCUCCAGCAAACCCAGCAUCAGCCUGUCUGCCCCAGACAUCCUGCCCCUGCACUGCACAAUUCGCCGUCACCAGUCCCCAGAAGGUGGCCAGGCAGGGACCAAGCUAGUGCUGGAGCCCAUCGCAGGGGCGUCGGUUUCAGUCAACUUCUCUGAAGUGGGAAGGAAUCCUGUGGUGCUACAACACGGUGACCUGCUCUCCUUGGGUCUCUAUUACUUGCUGCUGUUCAAGGACCCUGGGCAGGCACAGCCACUACCUGCCUGUGCCAUUGCCCGCCUUGGGGCCGCACCACAGAACUGUAGGAUGUGUGGUGCGGUGCUCAGAGCCCGUGGGGUCACUUCCUUGCCUCCAGCUGUGGUCCGGCGGCGGUCACUGCUCCUGGAGUUUGAGCCUGACGUGGAGGACACUCUGCUGCAGAGGAUCAUGACGCUGAUUGAGCCUGGUGGAGAUGACCACAAGCUGACACCUGCCUUCCUCCUCUGUCUCUGCAUCCAGCACUCUGCCACUCACUUCCAGCCUGGUACCUUCAGGCAUCUCCUGCUCAAGAUCUCCAAGAGAGUCCGAGACACCGUCUGGGAGAAAACCAAAGAGCUAGCGGAAAAGCAGGCGCAACUCCAAGAGCCCAUCUCCUGGGCCAGCUUCCCCAUGGCCGACCUGGUCCCCGACCUUCAGCACAUCCUGUUUUGGAUGUCAAACUCCAUCGAACUCCUGUACUUCAUCCAGCAGAAGUGCCCUCUGUACAUGCAGAACAUGGAGGAGGAGCUGGAUGUCACCGGCUCCAAGGAAUCGCUGUUCUCCUGCACACUGACGGCCAGCGAGGAGGCCAUGGCGGCCCUGGAGGAGGUGGUACUCUAUGCUUUCCAGCAGUGUGUGUAUUACCUCUCCAAGUGUCUGUAUGUCUGCCUCCCGGCCCUCUUGGAAUGUCCUCCAUUUCAGACAGAGCGCAGGGAGAGCUGGCGCUCAGGCCCGGCUCUGCCGGAGGAGCUUCGGCGCGUUGUGUCAGUGUUCCAGGCCACCUCGGACCUCCUGCAGCAGCUGCAGAUGCACCCUGAGGUGGCCUCCCAGAUGCUUGCUUACCUCUUCUUCUUCUCUGGCACACUGCUCCUCAACCAGGUGCUGGACAAGGGGCCCUCUCUGAGUUGCUUCCAUUGGCCCAGGGGUGUCCAGGCCUGCGCCCGCCUACAGCAGUUCCUCGAGUGGGCCAGGAGUGCUGGGCUGGGAACACCAGCUGAGCAUUUCUUCCGGAAGCUCUCUUGCACCCUGCAUUUGCUGGCCACUCCCAGUGCUCAGCUUGUCCAGAUGAGCUGGGCCACCCUGCGGGCCACAUUCCCUGCCCUGAACCCUGCUCAGCUGCACCGGCUGCUUACUCAGUACCAGCUGGCCUCUGCCAUGGGCCCUAUGAGUGCCUGGGAGCCAGGAGCUCAAGACAGCCCUGAGGCCUUCCAGUCAGAGGACAUCUUGGAAUCCUAUGAAAACCCACCACCCAUCGUUCUGCCGAGCCAGGGCUUCCAGGUUGACCUGGAGGCAGACUGCCUGGCGGACAGCAUCUAUCAGCACCUGCUCUACAUCCGCCACUUCCUGUGGGGACUGCGGGGCCAAGCCAACCCUGAAAGUGGGCCUACCCAGCCUGAGGGCAUUGAGGGCCUGUACCACACCAUUCCUGAGGGCCAUCCGGAAGGCCAUGGCUGCCCCCUGGCUAACAGGGACCCAGGCAGAGGAGCUGUUGAGACUGCCCCUGCCCAUUCUCUUUCUGUCACUGGAGCUCCCUGGACACAGGGCUCCCUCGGAAGGCAGCCUACCCGAAGGGGCUCCCAGGCUGGCUCUCUGCACACUGACUCCUCCUGCCUGCUCACUCCUCCAAGCACACCGCUGGGCCAGGAGCCUGGAGGCCCCACCUGGCCAGAGCCCAGUGGCCUCUGUGGAAAAGCACUCCUUGAAGGGCAAAGGAAUGGACCAGGUGGUCCUCCUGGUGUGGCUCUAGAAGGAGACACUGUUCAGGCUGCUACUGAAGCUCCUGCUGAAGCCUCCAGCCCCAGCUCCAGUGCAGAGGACUUCUGCUACGUGUUCAUGGUGGAGCUAGAGCGAGGCCCCUCGGGGCUGGGAAUGGGCCUAAUUGAUGGGAUGCACACACCUCUGGGGGCCCCAGGACUCUACAUACAGACCCUGCUUCCCGGGAGCCCCGCAGCAUCUGAUGGGCGGUUGUCACUAGGAGACCGAAUCUUGGAAGUGAACGGCAGCAGUCUAAUGGGUGUCAGCUACAUGAGGGCAGUAGAUCUGAUCCGACAUGGAGGCAAGAAGAUGCGAUUUCUGGUUGCCAAGUCUGACGUGGAAACAGCCAGAAAAAUCCACUUCCGCAAGCCUCCUUCCUAAUAGACCAAAGGACCCGUGCCCCCAGCACCUGCUUCCUGUAUCCCCAAUACCCUCUCCCCGUAAGCUUCACACUCCCCAGUCCAGCCAAUCCUCAGUUUUUAAGUUGACUGAGUGAGUCCAUAUAUUGUGGCCUCACGUUGAGGACACCUGUUGAUAGUGUACAUCUUAGUGUAUAUUUAUUUAUAUGACAGAUGACACUAAGUUGUGACAUUUCCUACAGAGCUUUUAUGUUUAAAGACUUUAAUGAAGAAUUGAGAUUCAAUAAACUAUCUUUGGUAUUCUUACA